AUGGUGUACAUUCGUCAACACCACUUGCCGAACCUGCGCAACUACCGCUAUGCAGGCAUCGACCACUCGCUUAUCAGCCGGUAUAUCCUGAAGCCGUUCUACAACAAAUGUGUGAUUAGAUGUUUCCCCAUGGGCAUGGCCUUUCCCUGGCGCGAAGCUGUCCCCUUUGUCUACUUUCCAUCCCCGAAGAUCUGGGCUCUGGGAAUUACCCUGACCGGUUUUAUGUUCGUGGUGGUUAAUUUCCUCACCGUCAUGUGGUACAACCCGAAUCUGGACCAGGACUGUCCACCCUGGGUCUAUGCCAGCUGUGCGCUGGGCCUGUUCCUCUACCAGACUUUCGAUGCGGUAGAUGGCAUGCAGGCACGUCGGACGAAGCAGAGUGGUCCGCUUGGUGAGCUUUUUGAUCACAGUGUCGAUGCAUGUAACACCGGCUUGGGUGUUUUGAUCUUUGCGGCUGCGAUGAACCUCGGCCAAUCGUGGAUGACGAUUCUGAGUCUGUUUGGAUCUACUAUGACCUUCUACGUCCAAACCUGGGAUGAGUACUACACCCAGGUCCUGACGCUGGGCGUCAUCUCUGGCCCCGUCGAGGGAAUCCUCACCCUCUGCACUGUCUACGCUUUCACCGCAUACAUGGGUGGCGGCAGCUUCUGGCACCGGCCAAUGCUUGAGACUGUUGGUGUCUCCAAGCCGAGCUUCAUCUCGCAGCGUGUCUACGAGAUGCCCUUCACCGAGUGGUACCUGGUGUACGGCGCGUUGAUGCUCUUCUUCGCCACCGGCUCGAGCAUCUAUCAUGUCAUGCAAGUCCGACGCCAGCGCGGCCAGGACCCCAUUGCACCACUGUAUGGUCUGUUGCCCCUGGCGGCAAUCUGGACUCUCAUCCCGGCCUAUCUGUACCUGCAUCCCGCCAUCAUGGAGAACUACACUAUUCCAUUCGGACUCUUCAUCGGCCUGGUCAACGCCUACUCCGUCGGUCGUAUGAUUGUCGGCCACCUGGUGCAGUCUGGUUUCCCCUACCACAACAUCUUGCUGUACCCGCUAGCUCUGGGCGUGAUCGAUAGUGCCGGCCCCAUGUUCGGUCUCUGGUCGAGCCCCGUCCUUGGCAAUGGCCAAGGACAAGUCGCAUUUGUGUUCGGAUGCCUCGGUCUGGCUGUCGGCAUCUACGGCAGCUUCGUGUUCGACGUGAUCACUACCAUCUGUGACUACAUCGAUAUCUGGUGCUUAACCAUCAAGUAUCCGUAUGUCGAGGAGACCGAGACCAAGGACAGCAACGGCCUCAAGGCCCAGGUCGAGGGCUCGAAGAAGGCGCAAUAA